AUGAGCCCUACACCAGGCGCCGUACCCAAUGGCGCUCAAGCACCCCGUCCAGUCGUCUCGCAUGCUGCAUAUGCGUCCGACUUGAGCAGGCAAUCCACCACCUCAUCCGUCGGAUCGGUUCGCAGACCCCUGCCUCAGCCAACGCGCACCUCCUCCAAUCCAUCCGCUCCUUGCUCGCCCUCGACGGGCACUGUCGGUCUCAACAAUCGUGCCAGCGUGCGACGCGAUCUUCCUCGACUGCCCCCGGGCUCGCCAGCAACCAUCUCGGCGGCUUCCACUUUUGCUUCUUCCAAUCUCGCCAAAAGAGACAACAGCAGUCCCGGAUCGCCCGACGCAGCCACCAUGUCGAGACUUCCCCCCACCGCCUUGAACCGGACUGAAAGCGUCAGACUAGCGGCAGAAGCUCUCAUGGCGCGAGGAGCACCACAGAGACGACCGCUGCGCUCCGCACUCGCGAGCACCACCUUUUCGCCCCCCUUGCCACCCACUAGGAUGGCAGCAAGUCCGCUGGCGCAAAGCAGCCCACUGCCGUCCAGCCAGAGCGAGCCCGCCGCAGCCGGCACAGGCGCAUCGGUUCGCACUGCAGCACAGUACACGGCAGAAGUGACGGCGCCAUCAAACCCACGUGGGGAACCCCAAUCGAGCCAAAGCGACGGAUCCAUUCUGGCGAGCUCGGUCGGCUCAAGGACCAGCCCAUCUAGCGCGCAGCCGGCAAACGGCUACUCUCAUCACGCUCAGCAUGGCGCCACCUCGGCGCCCGCACGAUACCAAGACGCCAUGAACCAGGCUGCGCAGUACAAUCAGCCGCAGGCGCCCGCGCAGAACCACGCCGCACAGCGCCAGUCGACGGACGAGCUGGCCGCAUCGAUGAACAAGAUGAGCGUCAGCCAGCCAGCCAGCUCACCAGCUCCAGCAAAGGUGGAGCAGCCCGCAGUGCCCAUCCCGGUCUUUAGCUUCGACGCGCCAGAGGCUGAGCCGGAAAGACCCAGACGCCGACGAGGCAGCAGCGUUUCGCGAGCAUCGCCCACGCCAGGCCACAAGGUGAUUCAGCACGCGACGGCACCUUCAGCCGUGCCCACCAUCGUCCUGCCCGGCGAUGACGACGCUUUCGACGGUCCAUCAAUCCAAGUCUCGGGACCCGACGGCGAUGACGGCGCCACAGGCUCGGCACCCAUGAUCUCGAUCAGCACCGAUGACGACGAUGCGCGUUCCCAGACGAGCAACGGCAGCCGGGGUCCGGCAAUUUCCGUAUCAUUCUCGGGCGAGCCUGCGGCCAAGUCUCAGAGGGCUGGCACGAGCCAUUCGCCCUCCUCGACGCCGUACGGCAAGAAGGACGCCGACGGUGGACGCGUGUCGGCGUCGUCGGUGGGCAGCGGCGCGGGCUGCCACGGCUGUCGCAAGUGGAUUGCCGGCAAGGUGGUGCACGCACUUCGCACGACGUUCCACCCGAGCUGUUUCGUGUGCGCGCACUGCUCCGAGGGCCUCGAGCACGUGGCGUUCUACGAGCACGAGGGGCUGCCGUACUGCCAUUUUGACUACCACGAGCUGUUCUCCAAGCGCUGCUUCCACUGCCGCACGCCCAUCGUGGACGAGCGAUACAUCACUGUGCAGGACGACGAGCUCACCGGCCAGGACGGCGAGACCAACGAGCGGUGCUAUCACGAGCUGCACUUCUUCUGCGCCAACUGUGGCGAUCCGUUCCUGGACCCCAAGGUGGCGGGCUCGGCUGCCGGCUCCGAUCCGGGUCAGUUGGCCGCGGACGAGAACGGCAAGAUCAAGCACGGCGGCAUGGAGUUCAUCGUGCACAAGGGGUAUCCGUACUGCGAAAAGUGCCACGUGUCGCUGCACAAGCCGCGGUGCAAGGCGUGCAAGAAGCCCAUCGUGGACGACCUCAUCUCGGCGCUCGGAGGCAAGUACCAUCCGGAGUGCUUUACGUGCACGGCGUGUGCGCGGCCGUUUUCGGACACCCAGUUCUUCGUCAAGGACGCCAAGCCGUACGACGAGGAGUGCUACAAAGUGCUGCUGCGCAACAUGAUCUGA